AUGCUCCAGUUUUCCGACGUAAUUCCUACCGGCUCUUCAACUCCAGGUAGUUCCUCGCUUUCUUCUCCAAUAUCAGUGAUAACAGGCUCCACUGGCAUUUCAUCCUCAACGUUGGUUCCAAUCACUCCUGUGGCCCCUGGAGUCAGUCCGUCGAUCCCAUCAGAUGCUACAUCCAUACCACAGACAAGCAACAUACCGAUAACCUCGAUUAUCACCAAAGACGGCACAGUAUACAGCUACUCGGCUACAUUCAUCUCUUCUCAGACAUCCGUAACUACAGUGACUACCUCGCAGGAAACCGACGCUGCUGGUGCUGUCUUUGGUCUCAUUUCAUUUCCUGAGAAGGGUGGCCGUGGCUGGAAGUUUCCUUGUUUGAUAAGCUGUGGUGGUGGGUUCUCCCUGCCUGGUCCACCGCCUGGAUUUGGUGCCCUUGGAGGCAUAGGUGGGGGUGGUGGAGGGGGAGGUGGAGGAGGUGGAAUUUCAGGCGGAGGAGGAGGGGGAGGGGGAUCUUCAAAUGGCGAUGGUGGAGGGUCAAAUGGCAACAACUCAGGGAACGAAGACAACACAAACGACAAUGAGAACGAGAACGAAGACGAUCAGAAGUCACAAAGCCAGUCUGGAACUUCGAAUUCCGAGAUGAGUUCAUCAUCUUCGUCGUCAUCGUCACCAUCGUCUCAGUGUAGUACUCAGACAGUAUCGUCUUGUGUGCAGACAUGCCCUCCCGUCAGUCAAGGCAGCACAUCUUCCUGCUUUGAGACCUGUGUUACAAGCACAGGCUGUUCUAUAUCGAACACAGCAACAACAACUACCCAUACAUGUAGCUCCCUAUCCUGUCAGACCUUGGUUGUGACAACAAUCAGUGGAAGCAUGACUUCAGAAACAUACUGCCCAGAUUGUGCCGCGACAUCUACUGAGAAAAUAACAGAUCAAGCUGAAAGUGGAUCGGCAACUACUGGAUCGUCUUCCUCACAAGCCACUCUACUUACAAUCACGAUUGUCACCGAUGACGGGUUUGUUCAACCAGAGUUCAUAGUCGAUACAGCUCUGGAAUACAGUCAAAUGCCUUCCAUGGACAGAGAGAUCUCUGCUAAACAUACCAGGCAAUCAAGCACUCUUGUUACGAGCGUAGUAUCUGCUUCACCUCCAGCUUCUACCUCAACAUCUGUGUCCUCGACGUCUGUCUCAAGCACUCUUUCUCCCGUGCCGACUACAAGAAUUUCCAGCUCAAUUUUGAGCUCGGAGCCAUCUUCAGGCAUAGCUCAGUCGCAAUCACAGUCUUCCAAACUCGACACUCCUCUUCAGGUAUCGUCGCCUGAAGAGCCCAUCCCUACUCCAACCCCCACCGCGAACCUUCCCAUCCCCGAGCGUCCUCCAAUAACCGCUACUCGAGGCGAGUGCAACACUUCAGGAUGUACUGGUGUGAACCGAGACCUAGCUCUCAAGGAGGUCAAGAAGUUUUGCUCUACGCAAGUGACCAUCAAUUCCAAAACGGCUAUCGUCAGCAGUACUACAUCUUUCAUAGGCGUGGUAGUUCUACCUACAUCCCAGGCCGAUACUCUAAAGCUGGCCAAUCUGUUCUUGGCCAUUGAACUGGAUAGCAGAGAUGACCGUUGUGCAGGUGUCGAAUAUGUGAAUCGGCCAAAAGCCAAACAGGCACCAGCAAACGGGAGGUAUCUGCCCAGUAUUAUUGGGCCGAAUGAGCUUUGUAUGAAUAUGAUGCAAGCGGCUUUGGAUCAUUGUAAUACGGGCACAACGAGUGCAAAACAAGGUGGAAAGCAACUUGCCAAUUGCAUCGCUUGGUCGGUCUUGGUGCCUAAUCCACCAAAUGAUAAAUGCGCCGAUAUAUAGAUUCAGCACACUGGGAUUGUUCGCUUUGUCCACAUUUCUCAUGUUAGCCUUCACUUUGAUGUCAGGGGACUUUGGUUUUCUAGGGGAUACAUGAUUUGCUUCACUCAUUUUCUUGUAUUUCUCUCAUUUUAGUUACUUGUUGCAAGAUCUGGAAGGCUUGUUCAACUUGUCAGGUAGAUCGCAGCUGAUGAGGAGCCAGAAUACUCCAACUUUAUCGUUUCGGGCGCAAUAUAUAUGAUGUAUAUCUCAACGAAAUGAAGCUCGAACC